GCUGAAUUUCACGAUCGUCUGCAGUCCACCCACGGCGUACCUUGAGUUGUUACGUGUUAUUUGUGAGCGAUACUAACAAAUAUAAGGCAAAAUGGUUAAAGUCGAUGUAAAAUAUACUAAGCUUUUCAUCAACAAUGAGUGGGUGGACGCAGUCAGCAAAAAGACUUUUCCAACCAUAAAUCCUCAGGAUGAGACCAUCAUUGCCCAAGUCGCAGAGGCAGAUAAGGCAGACGUUGAUCUAGCCGUAGCCGCAGCAAAAACCGCAUUCCACCGGUACUCCCCGUGGCGUACAAUGGACGCCUCUCAAAGAGGGAUGCUCUUACUCAAAUUAGCCGAUUUAAUAGAUUCCCAAGCCAGAUAUUUAGCUGAACUAGAAACUUUAGACUGCGGUAAGCCAGUCAAAAUAGCUGAAGAAGAAGUUUACUAUUCAUCCAGUGUUUUGAGGUAUUACGCUGGAAAAGCCGACAAAAUUUUGGGCAACACAAUUCCUGCAGAUGGAGAAGUUUUGUCCAUGACUUUAAAGGAGCCAGUCGGUGUUUGCGCGCAAAUUAUACCAUGGAACUACCCAAUUCCGAUGUUGUCGUGGAAAAUUGCACCAGCCUUGGCUGCAGGGUGCACCAUAAUAGUAAAGCCAGCGGAACAAACGCCGCUCACAGCGCUAGCAGUGGCCGCGCUGAUUAAGGAAGCCGGUUUCCCCCCCGGCGUGGUUAACAUCCUGCCAGGGUACGGACCCACCGCUGGAGCAGCUCUUACACAUCACCCGGAUGUCGAUAAAGUUGCCUUCACUGGCUCCACUGAGGUGGGUCGUUUAAUUCUUGGAGCAGCGCCGGCUGCCAAUCUUAAGAGGGUCACCUUGGAACUUGGUGGAAAGAGCCCUCUAGUAGUCUUCAAUGACGCAGACGUUGAAACAGCUGCGCAAAUAGCCCACGCGGCCGCAUUUGCAAAUGGUGGACAGUGUUGUUGUGCUGGGACGAGAACAUUCGUACAAUCCGGUAUUUACGAUCAAUUCAUUCAAAAAGCCGCUGAAAUCGCCAAAAAUAGAUCCGUUGGAAAUCCCUUCGACGAUGUACAACAAGGUCCCCAGAUCGACAAAGAGAUGUACACAAAAGUACUUGGGUACAUCAAAGCUGGUAAGGAUGAAGGCGCGAAAUGUUUGGCCGGAGGAGACAAACUUGGAGACAAAGGAUACUACAUCAAGCCCACUGUUUUCGCUGAUGUUAAAGAUAAUAUGAAGAUUGCUCGCGAAGAGAUCUUCGGGCCAGUUCAAAGUAUACUAAAGUUCGAAACGUUCGAAGAAGUUAUAGAUCGCGCGAACGACUCCAACUACGGUCUGGGAUCUGGAGUCAUCACCAAUGACAUCACUACAGCUCUGAGCUUUGCGAAAUAUAUGCGAACUGGCUCUGUAUGGGUUAACACGUACGACCAUGUCACCAGCCAAACACCUUUCGGUGGAUUUAAGGACUCUGGAUUGGGAAGAGAAUUGGGUGAAGAUGGUAUUUCUCAAUACCUGGAAACUAAGACUGUAACAAUGGCGCUACCGAAGAAACCUCAACUAUAAUUCAAUUCGUAUUAUAAUCGAACUUCUAUUUGAUACAUGUUAUAUUUCUUUCAUAAUAUCGGAAACAAUUUAUACCAUGUUAUAAAUUUUUGUUAUCAAUUAAAAUGUUUAUUUUCUUA